AAUAAAUCGGACUUAUUAAUAUAUUUCGUGUAAGUACUGUGAAUUAAAUAACUUUUUUAAACCGGUUAUAAUGGGAAAUUGCGGUAGUAUUCAGGAGAGUGACGAUGAACAACCAACUGUUAACAUUAGACGGCAGGAAAUACGAUCAUCAUUAACAAGACAAGAACAAAGUAAUUGCGUUGUUUUGUGUGAAAACCCAAUACUAGUUUACAUCAGUGAUUUUAUGUUAAGUAAUGAUGGAACUAAUUACGGUGGCAAAAUAUUCACUGGAUAUUCAGGAAAACAGCAAGUGUGGCUUAAAAAAAUUUGUCAGCAUGAAAAGAAGAAGAUGGAACAAGAAUUAAAUAUCUUAUCACAACUUAGUCAUCAAAAUAUUGCGAUUGUAUUAUAUCCAUUUGAUAUAAAUGAAAAGGAAUGCUUUUUAGUGACUGAGAAGUUUGGGACAAAUUUAAAGGACUCAAUUGGACGUAAAAAUUACACCCAGAAGAUGAAAAUAAUGCUACAAUUAACUGAUGUCAUGUCAUACCUUCAACAAAAUCGUAUUGUGCAUCUUGAAUUAUCCCCAAAAAAUAUUUAUAUUGACGACGAAACUGAUCAAAUUAAAUUAAUUAAUUUUCAUAAAUCGCAAAAAUUACAAAGACAGCAUACAGUUUAUGAGUUUACCGAUUAUAUCAAUGGAUAUGCAGCACCAGAAAUUAUUAAGCAAAAAAAGGUAUUCUUAUCUUCAGACAUUUAUUCUCUUGGCUGUAUAUUCUUUUUUAUUGUGACCAAUGGAUUCGAAAUGCAUCAAAUGGAAUAUGAGAAUCAAGCAGGCAAAAUUGCAGCACGAAUUAAUACAAUUAAAGAUGAUUCAGCCUUUAAUGUUUUAUGUAAAGAUUUGAUUCAAAAGAUGCUGAUUUUUGCACCGAACAAAAGAAUUUCCAUGUCCAAAAUUAAGGAACAUCCAUGGUCAUGGUCAGCUGAACGAAUGACGAAACUUAUUGUGGAUGUAUCAAAAUUAACUGAAAAGGAUUCAAAAUUCACAUCAUUAUUAUUUAAAGGAAGUAAGAAAGUCAUUGAUGGUGAUUGGACCCUAAAACUUGAAAGACAUGUGAUCCAGACAUUACAAGAAAUACGACAGACAUAUCAGACUAAUAAUGGUCUUAAUCAAGAUGAUUUCAAAGGAACAAGUAUUUUAAGUUUAUUAAGACAAUUACGUAAUCUCCAUGUACAUGCAUCGAAUGACAAACUUGUAAGAAUCAUGGGAGAUAAUGACGAAGACUUUAUGAUGUAUUGGAACGGAAAGUUCCCAUUAUUAAUUUGCCAUUUGUACAAGAGCAAGUUGGACUACGAAAGCAACCAAAAUGGAUCAUAAAAGGUAUUUAAGUAAUUAGAAAUAAUUACUUGUUACAAACGACAGUUCUGUAAGUUUACUGGAUCAUUUUGUUACUUUUUACAAUGUUUUAUUAAAG